CUCCUUCGUUGUUCUCUCACUUGCCCCCUGACCAGUGACCACUGUAGUUUCAUAUGAACCGAUGUGCGAGGAACUAAUCUCUCUCGUUCGAUAAAACCGUAGAAGAUGCUAAGACUUGCAGAGCAAAGAGUAUUUGUUUCGUCUUCGUUACCGAACAACAUGGCCAUGAUGACCAUCUUUCCUUAUAAUAGUAAGAACAAUCAUUGGGCCUCUCUUAAUUCCACCUCAAAUUCACCUGUUGCCCCAUCAGAUACAGAUCAUCAAAAGCUCUUCCGUGUUUUGGAAGCAUGCAAACUCUCCUCCAAUUUAAGAAUUGCAAUAGAAACCCACACUAGAAUCAUUAAACUUGGGUAUGGAACAUGCUCAUCUCUUGUAUCAUCGCUGAUUUCAAUAUAUGCAUCUUGUGGUCGCCUCAAUCUUGCUGGUCAACUUCUCAAUGAAACUCAGUGUUGGAGUCUCGAUCUGAUAUCAGCUAAUUCAAUAAUUGCAAGUUUUAUGAAGAUUGGAGAAAUUGGUAUUGCCAAGCGUGUAUUUCAUCAAAUGCCUGCCCUGGAUGUGGUUUCAUGGAACUCAAUGAUCGGAGGUUAUGUCAAAAACUCACACUUUAGGGAGGCGUUUAGCAUCUUGCAAGAAAUGUUGAGCUCAAAUGUUGAACCAGAUGGAUAUACAUUUUCUUCUGUUAUUACUGCAUGCGCACGACUUGGAGCUCUUGAUCAUGCUAAGUGGAUACAUGGUUUAAUGAUUGAGAAAAAAAUUGAGCUAAAUUACAUUUUGUGUUCUGCACUCAUAGACAUGUACUCAAAAUGUGGAAGAAUUGAAAGUGCAAAAGAAAUUUUUGAUCGCAUUCAAAGCAGGCAUGUUUCUGUUUGGAAUGCAAUGAUUAACGGGCUAGCAGUUCAUGGGCUUGCUUUAGAUGCAAUUGCAUUAUUUUCACUUAUGGAGUCACAAAAUAUUUCACCUGAUUCUAUAACUUUUAUGGGAAUUCUUACUGCAUGCAGACACUGUGGAUUGGUUGAUCAGGGUCGUAAGUACUUUGAUCUAAUGAGAAGGCAUUACUCAAUUUAUCCUCAGCUUGAGCAUUAUGGAUCAAUAGUUGAUCUCUUGGGUCGAGCUGGAUGCCUAGAAGAAGCUUAUGCAAUAAUUAAGGAAAUGCCUAUGGAUCCUGAUGUUGUCAUAUGGAGGGCACUUCUUAGUGCUUGUAAAACUCACAAAAAUUCUAAAUUGGGUGAAGUUGCUAUUACAAAUAUAUCAAAUCUCAAAAGUGGGGAUUAUGUUUUGCUGUCCAAUAUUUAUUGCUCCAUAAGCAAAUGGGAUAGUGCUGAGAGAGUGAGAUAUAUGAUGAAAAGAAAAGGAAUUCGUAAAAUUAGUGGGUGUAGUUGGAUUGAGUUGGCUGGUGUGGUUCACCAAUUUAAGGCUGGUGAUAUCUCACAUCCAGAUACAAAAGAUUUAUAUAAGGUGUUGGAAGGAUUAAUACGCAGGACCAAAAUAGAAGGAUUUAUUCCUACUACAGAGUUGGUAUUGAUGGAUGUAUCUGAGGAGGAAAAGGAAGGAAAUUUGAAUUAUCACAGUGAGAAGUUAGCAUUGGCUUAUGGGAUCCUAAAAACUUGCCCUGGAAUUGAGAUUCGGAUUUCAAAAAACCUCCGAACUUGUGCCGACUGUCACUGCUGGAUGGAAAUGGUUUCAAAAUUAUUGAACAGGGUGAUAAUUAUGAGGGACCGUAUCCGUUUUCAUCGGUUUGAAGGUGGUUUCUGUAGCUGUGGAGACUAUUGGUAGUUGAUUUUAAGAGUACCUACCUGGUUAAGAUAUGGCUUCUGUUAGAGAUGAGGUAUCUUGUAAAGAAGUCGUUUCUUGAAUGUUUAAAAUUAAGAAUAUGUUAAAAGAGGUUAUGCAAAGGACGUAAUGUGUUUCUUCUAUUAAAUAAUCAGCCUGUUUUUAGUUUCAUUUUGAGUAUACCAAUUUGUUGUGCACUUAGAAGUUGAGGUAUCUGACCACUGCUCCGGAACUUUUAGAGGAAAUUUACGGUUGUUCUUUUUGAACUUUUGAACUUGAUGCUGAUGAUUUAAUGGGAUUUCUUCUAGUAUGAAAGUAACAUAUUCUUGACUAAAUACUGCAAAGCUGUUUAACUUCAUUCCAGAAAUUACUAGAUGCAGCCACUAUGGUUAUUUGAGGCUCACCAGUGAUUAACAAAUACAAUAAGGAGUUGGGACUUGUUGAAGUAGACACUCAAGCGAACAAUGAACAAUUUCUCAGGCUGAUUGGACUCUUGGAGGUGGAAGUUGUUCAGUGUAUAUGCCAAUGAUGAUGGAGCCAAAUUGAAACGCAUAUUAUGAACCAACAACCGAAAGAUACUAUCUCAAGUGGCGUGCUGCUUCUAAAUGCGUACCUCAACUCAUGUUGGCAGUUUUCUAUGAUCAUACAUGGUACAACCUGAAAAACAAAAAGAAAGAGGGAAAACACAAGUUUGGGGGAGGGAACUCAGCAAGUAAGCAACCCAGUCUUGAUCAAAAUCAUGUUGCACUCUGCAGGUAGAGGUCAUGGGGACUGCAAGGAGAGCAGUGACUCCUGCAAAAAUGCUUUAAUUCUGGAGUGACUGGAAAGAAGAUUUGACAUAAUGAGUAUGAAGGAAGUGGGAUGUCAACAGCAUUGCACCACUAUCGACAAUUAACUUAUCCCAUUUUGAGUUUGAGGUCAUGGGGACUGUAAGGAGAGCCACUCUUACUUCACAGACUGUUGAAUCUCCUCGGCAAGAAUCAGCCCAAGAUCCCACUAGUAGGCCUUCAAGGAUUGACCAAUACAUGCAGUGUAAGAGUUGCCAAUUAAAAAUACUGUGCCAUAUUGACUUCAAUGAUUUAAUCCAGUUCUGGAUCAAGAGGAACAUCUUUUUCCCAUGUAAUCAAGCAAGGAGAUCAUCAUCCAGUGGGAUUUUUGUGGUUGGAGGUGGGUUGAAGGGGUCAGUGGUAACAGAGAGGUGGGAGAAGAGGGCUUGGGACAUUGUUUCUGUGUUAUAAAACAACCUGAUUGCUGCAAAUAAGGCAGAGCCACCAUGAGAAGAAGAUGAGCAUUUCUGCCAGAAAGGAUUUUUUUGUUCUGGUGUUACUUGAGAUUCUUCUCCUUGUUGAGCCUGGGACAACUGUGAAUGUCAGGGAGGAAUUUAGGUGCCAAACUGAAUAGCGGAUGUAGUUAGCAAACAAUGUUGACCUUCCCCAAGUGACUACAGGCUUCUGCUUGGUAAACAUGCGACUCAUUAUUGUUGGGACAACCCAUUUUUGAAUUCUCUUACCAGAUGCUGAUGUUGUAUGGUGGUAUUUCCCUCGCCAUGUUCCAUCAAGACUUGUAAGGGGCCCGCACCAUGCAACCUCAAGUUUUCACUUGCAGUUUCCUGACGAGAAAAUAUAUUGAAUGCUGACAAGUUGGGGUUGAUUGGCUCUGAAUGUCAUUCCUGUCAGAACAAGUCUUGAGUUUUACGUAUUCACCUCCUUCCCUACUGCUUAGUUGCGCGUAGGUUGUGCUUAUUUGUUUCUGAAAUUUGGAAUGAUUUAAGCUGAUCUCAAGAUGAACAAGGCUGCUGUAACUGUUAUUUCAUUUUACUUUUUGUUCUUUUGACUAUUGAAUUCUACCGAGUCAUUUAGAAUAAUUGAUAUUAUCAUUUUUUUUUACCC